AUGUCUUAUGCUUUUGACUUCAACCAAGUACGUUACUAUAAUAUCAUGGACUAUUCGAUGGUAUCAACCGUUUCCUCCGUAUUGCCAGGGCCUAACAGGCCCGCCGGUCACAAGGGUAUACUCGAGCUACCCACUGAAGUUCUCAAGCUAGUGUUUGAGGAGCUCGACGAUUACCGGUAUGCUAUGGGCCUUGCCAUCUCCAGCGGCCGGCUGCUUCACAUCUGCGAGAGCAAAAUCCACAGUCUUAAUGAUUGGGGUGGCCAAGUCCCUUCCGGGAUGUUCACGGAGGCCGAGGAACAUGAGUAUCGAAUGUACCGAUUGACAAGGGUAUACGAUGAUGGGGGCAAGGUCAACUCCCAUAUCCUGGACCAUUUGAAUCCCCAUGGUGGAGAAUGGUAUUACACUGGAGAUAUUGACCCGAACCUCAGAUCAAACGAAGAAGACGGUGCCGAGCCAGGAUCCGAGGAACGUCUCAAACUCUGGGCUUACAACAACCUUGAACGUCUCCUCCGCAUCACCAAACCUAAGAGGCCUAUAGGCCACAAUGGUCUGUUCGGACUGCCAACAGAACUUCUCAAAGCCAUUUUUGAGGAGUUGGACGAUUAUGAAGAUGCCAUCUGUCUCGGCAUUUGCAACACCCUGCUGCUCCAUAUCGGUGAGGCCCAAAUUCGCCAUCUUAUAACCUGCUAUGUCAGGGAGAUAUCCUGGUCAGGGGAUAGAAUAGUUUGGAAUGGAUGCGACAGCGACCAGGUACCUCCCGGGAUGUUCACAGAGGCAGAAGAACGCGAGUAUCGGACCUUCAAAUUGACCAAGGUGUACGACGAUGGAGGCGAUGUCAACUGGCAUGUUCCGGAGCACUUAAACCCACAUGACGGAGUAUACUGUGAUGCCGACGUUGACAUGGACCUUCGAUUGAGUGAAGAAGACGGGGCAGAGCCUGGGAUAGAGGAACGUCUGUCUCUCUUCGCUGAAGAUCGGUUCGACAACUACGGACUCCAUCAUCCUCGGCCUAAUUUCUAUUGUUGUGUCCGAGGAACGACACGCUGCAGAAACCAGACGGAUCUGGCUCUCAUAGACGACAUUACCUCUGAAUUGAACAAGCGCAGGUACAUCAAAGAGUUGCCCGUGAUGUGCAAUCUCACCAAGAAUGAAUAUUUUCGAGCCAGUGUGGUCCUUCGUCGCCUGAGGAGAAAGAAGAUGAAGAAGUCCAUCGGCUUCAUGGAGGUCGUUCUGAUUACUAUUUGCUGGUCACCGGGAUCGCGGCAAGCUAAUGGUUCGCCUGUCUGGGGAAUGUGGGCCGGUGACCGUCUUCAACUUACGAACGAGGAAGAAAUCAAAAGUGUAACAGAUGGGAAUAGCAGAUGGGAAGACGUUAGUGGAAAGGUUGCCGCUGGCGUCACGAAGCUGCGAGGUCUGCUACCUUGGGAGUAUUAG